AGAAUUGCCACACCUCUGUUUCCGCUGGAAUCGCAUGCUGUCCAUUGUGCACCAAAUCACUUAUCAACUGCGGCAGAUUUUUACAGAUAGAGUUAGCUCCAACGCUGCGCUCAUUCUUAGAGGAUGAAAGGAUGUAUGAAUACUUCUCACCACCCAACCAUGGCACUUCUGAUGCCUACAGUGAUCUAACAGAUGGGGAUGAAUACAAGAAGGUGAGGUCUGGAAGCGGCAAAUAUGACUUCUCUUUGUUCUGGAACACUGAUGGUGUUAAGGUGUUCAAAAGCUCAACCUCUUCCUUGUGGCCCUUGCACUGUGUAAUCCCUGAACUGCCCCCCCGACUACGCAAGAAAUUUCAACUACUGACUCUCCUUUGGUGUGGCUCAAAGCCUGACGUUAAUACCUUUCUUCGACCAUUUUGUUUGGAAGUGAAAAAACUCGCAUUGCAGGGUUUGAGAUGGACUCAUCCUGUAACUGGACGACAACUGAUAUCCCGUAUUUUUGCACCAGUCACAUCUGUGGACGCCGUAGCAAAGGCUCUGCUGCAGAAUAUUCGCCAGUUUAAUGGCUUGCAUGGGUGCUCUCUAUGUGAGGCCCCUGGCAAAACUUGUCAGCGCAAUGGCUCCUCCCGAUCAUGGAUUUAUGUUCCGGGUACGCAUGCUUUGCGAACGGGGAGUGGCAUGAAGCAGCAGGCCGUACAGGCUGUGAAUAGCCAAACUGUAGUACAGGGCGUAAAAGGGCCGUCUGUAUUGAGUUUGAUUCCCCGUUUUGAUUUGGCGUCCAGUUUUGUAAUAGAUUACAUGCACUGUGUACUGCUAGGGGUAGUGAAAAUGCUAAUGGCCACCUGGUUUGACAGUAAGUAUCAUGCAGAGCCAUGGUAUCUCGGACGACAGUUGAAAACAAUUGACGAGAGGCUGCUGGCCAUCCAGCCACCCGAUUUUAUCACUAGAACGCCGCGCUCUGUCAGGCAUAGAAUGUAUUGGAAAGCAAGUGAGUUCAGGGCAUGGCUACUUUUUUAUUCUAUUCCAGUACUUUCUGGCAUUCUUCCACUGGCUCAUCUGCAACAUUUUGUCCUCCUCGUCUCCGCCAUCCAUAUGCUGUUGAAGCAGUCUGUGAGACGUCACGAAAUUGAUCUGGCCGAAACUUUUCUUAGUCGCUUUGUUGAAGAGUCCGCAUCACUUUAUGGACCACAGUUUUUAACUUUCAACAUGCACCAGUUAACACAUCUCGGUCUUUCUGCAAGACGUUGGGGCCCCCUCUGGGCAACGUCUGCAUUUCUUUUUGAAGAUAGAAAUGGUGAACUAGUUAGAGUUAUCCAAGGCACCAGGGCAAUCGAUAAGCAACUUGCUACUCUUGUCGGGAUCGGAAAUGCACUUAACUCAAUUGAGCGACGCAUGGAUAAGGGCUCUACUGCAUUUUCUGUCUUGAACAGAAUUCGGAAUGUUCAUUUUCCAAAACAGACUACAGACGGAUCUGUAAAACUCCAUGGACGCCCAUGUCAAGCGAACAGAAAGAUAGCAAGUUUCUUAUCGACCCAGUCUAUGUUCGACAAUGCAUUGAUCUACAAGAGGGCAACGAUUGGUUGUGUCACUUUCACAUCUAGUAUUUAUGAAAACCAGAAACUUAGAAAUAACAGAACAGUCAGAUGUACUACUGAAAACGGUAUUUGCUAUGCAUUCAUUGAGUGCUUUGUGAAGAACAGCAUGGAAGUGUAUGCUGUCCUCAACGAGUUUUUUAUCGAUGAUUCUGAGACAAUAGUACACGAGAGCAUGGACUACUCACUUUCCCAAUUCAUCCCUGUGUAUUCCGCCGACAAUCAGCUUGUCAUUGUCCCCCUUCCCCAAACAGAACUCCACAAGUGUAUUUUUGUUCUCGAUUACAUUGUUUCAACACCGAAUCUGUUUGAGAUGAAUUUGUAA